UUCUUUUCAAAAGUUAAUUAUUGUCCCAUGAGCAUUAUACGUCAACGGAAAAAUAUUAUAAUUGUAAAAUCAAAUUUUUAUUUUUGUACAUUGUUUAUUUUUGUAUACCAAAUGGAAAACGAGAAAAUUCCGCUAAAUCCCGUUGUUUUCCAGAAAUUGGAUUGUGGACCAGAAUCGCCGAUACAGCUUCCGACAUUAGCAAUUGAUUUUAACGAGAUGCAAAAUGAAAGUGAAAACGAAAUUGAUUUCCUAUUGGCUGACGGCGAAGGCAAUCACACUGUACAUGAUGUGGCCGAAUUUCAUGCAGUGAUGGAUUCUAUCUUGGAAAAUCUGGAUAUUUUGAUUCAUAUCGUCGAAGAUGCUGGUCCACAAGAUGUCGACCUAUCUGUCUCGAACGAUACGGAUCUCAGUGGAAAAUUGUCUGAACAGCAUAACGUAGCCGAUGAUAGUGGCCUGUGUAAUAGUCUAAGCGACGAGUUUAUUAAAUUGAUUGAUUCAUAAAUUUAAACGUUACACGACAGGAGAACAUUGGGUUGCGGGAUCUAUGAGUGAAAAUUGUUUUUUUAUCGAAUUUUAUUUUUUUUCGCUGUUUAUCAAAAUCUGAAUAUCUAUUAUUGUUAAGAAUGUGUUCUCACUCUUUUUUUUCUUGAAAACUAUCGUCAAAAAUUAAUUAAACUAAAUUUUUUGUUUAUCAAAUUGGCAAACGAGACACAGAAUGAAUUUCGAACCAAAAUCAGUAUAACGUUAGGGACUAAAGGAAUAAAAAAAAUAUUUUUUACAAAAAUUGAAAGAAGAAAUUAUUUAUCACUUUUAAACUAAUAACUUUGGUGGUUUUCGUAAAAUAAAAGUCAGCAUAAAUG